CCACCCAGCAUGGAAGAGGAAAAGGAACCAACCAAUCACUGCAGAGGUCACCCAAUCGGUACCUAAACUUUCUAUACUUUCCCUGCUGUCCAUGAGGUGUUCAAGCACUGACUUCGCCUGGUUGUGGUAUCCAGUCAGAGUUUAACAUAAACAACCCGGGCUCUGCCCACUCAACUCCCUCUCAGCGCCAGCUUUGCUGCCCAAGUGCCCCACAUAUACUUGCUUAGACGUACAUACAUACAUAGACGUAUGCAUAUAUGAUAUCACAAUUCGCGUGCAUAUACCUCAUUGUGUAUAUAUGCACAUAUGUAUGUAUAUAUAAUACUUGAUUGAACAUGCGGACGAGGCAGGAGAGGAACGAGUUCACCGCCGUGGACCCCGCGCCGAGGCACGGCCUCGGUGAAGUUGGUACCGACUGCCCUGCGCCGCCGAGUCCCGCGUCCCGCGCCGGACCCACAGGCCCCGACGGUCUGCGCCCAGCCCAGCGCCCUCCCCGAAGGAGAAGCCACGAGCACCGCAUUCCGGACCGCUUCCGUCCCCGGCGUGUGACGUCACCGGAAAGCGCGCAGGUGACGCCAAGCGGACCCGCCCCCUUGCGCUGGGCGCCGGAAGCGAGGCGGAAGUGGCCGCGCACCCGCUUCCGGGCCCAGACGCCAUUUCCAGCGGCGGCGGCGGCUUCUCACAGCUUGCGGCGCGCGGGGACCAUGAGCUUCGACUACCACCAGAGCUGGGGCCGCGAAGGGGGUACCCGCGGCUCGGGCGGCGGCCACGGAGGCGGCCGCGGCCCGGGCGGAGGGCGGGGCGGCGGCGGGAGAGGCGGCCGCGGCCCGCACCCCGGGCACCUGAAAGGCCGCGAGAUCGGCCUGUGGUACGCGAAGAAGCAGAUGCAGAGGAACCGGGAAGCCGAGCGGCAGGAGAGAGCUGUAGUGCAUAUGGAUGAAAGACGAGAAGAGCAAAUCGUGCAGCUGCUGAACUCUGUCCAAGCUAAGAGUGAUAAAGACCCUGAAGCUCAGAUUUCCUGGUUUGCUCCUGAGGAUCAUGGAUAUGGUGCUGAAGUUUCUGCUGAGAAAAAAACAAACUCAGAGAAGAAAGUUGACAAACAGGAAAAGAAAUUGAUGAGCCAAGAAAAAAAGAUACUUAGAAUUAGGGAUAAAUCCAUCUUUGAACGAGAUUCUGAGUAUCUUUUGCAAGAAAAUGAACCAGAUGCAACCUUAGACCAAAAAUUACUGGAAGAUUUACAAAAGAAGAAAAGUGACGCUCGGUAUAUUGAGAUGCAGCGUUUCAGAGAAAAGCUGCCUUCCUAUGGAAUGCAGAAGGAGUUGGUGACUUUGAUUGAUAAGCAUCAGGUAACCGUGAUAAGUGGUGAAACUGGUUGUGGCAAAACCACCCAGGUCACUCAGUUCAUCUUGGACAGCUACAUUGAGCGGGGCAUGGGCUCUGCGUGCAGGAUUGUCUGUACCCAGCCACGGAGGAUCAGCGCCAUCUCUGUUGCAGAGCGAGUGGCUGCUGAGAGGGCAGAGUCCUGUGGCAAUGGUAAUAGCACUGGAUACCAGAUUCGUCUCCAGAGUCGGUUGCCGAGAAAGCAGGGUUCCAUCUUGUAUUGUACCACAGGAAUCAUCCUGCAGUGGCUCCAGUCAGACUCGCUUUUGUCCAGUGUUAGUCAUAUUGUACUUGAUGAAAUUCAUGAAAGAAAUCUGCAGUCAGACGUUUUAAUGACUGUUGUUAAAGACGUUCUUAAUUACCGAUCUGACCUAAAAGUCAUUUUGAUGAGUGCAACAUUGAAUGCUGAGAAGUUCUCAGAAUAUUUUGGAAACUGUCCAAUGAUACACAUUCCUGGUUUCACUUUCCCGGUUGUGGAAUACCUUCUGGAGGAUAUCAUUGAAAAAAUAAGAUAUGUGCCAGAGCAGAAAGAGCACAGAUCCCAGUUUAAGAGGGGUUUCCUGCAAGGCCAUGUAAAUAGAAGAGAAAAAGAAGAAAAGGAAGCAAUCUAUAAGGAGCGCUGGCCAGACUAUAUACGAGAACUGAGAGGAAGGUAUUCUCCAAGUACUAUCAGUGUUUUGGAAAUGAUGGAUGAUGAUAAAGUUGAUCUGAAUUUGAUUGCUGCUCUGAUUCGACACAUUGUUUUGAAAGAAGAGGAUGGAGCGAUUCUAGUCUUCCUGCCUGGCUGGGACAACAUCAGCAGUCUACAUGAUCUCCUGAUGUCCCAGGUGAUGUUUAAGUCAGAUAAGUUUCUUAUUAUCCCUCUACAUUCACUAAUGCCAACGGUAAACCAGACACAGGUGUUUAAAAGAACUCCUCCUGGUGUUCGGAAAAUAGUAAUUGCUACCAAUAUUGCAGAGACUAGCAUCACCAUUGAUGACGUAGUGUAUGUGAUAGAUGGAGGAAAAAUUAAAGAAACACAUUUUGACACUCAGAACAACAUCAGCACGAUGGCUGCCGAGUGGGUCAGUAAAGCAAAUGCCAAACAGAGGAAAGGCCGCGCUGGCAGAGUCCAGCCUGGUCACUGCUAUCAUCUGUAUAAUGGCCUUAGAGCCAGUCUUCUAGAUGACUAUCAGCUGCCAGAGAUUCUAAGAACGCCCCUGGAAGAACUUUGUUUGCAAAUAAAGAUCUUAAGGCUUGGUGGAAUUGCUCAUUUUCUGAGUCGGUUAAUGGACCCUCCGUCCAGCGAGGCAGUGCUGCUCUCCGUAAAACACCUCAUGGAGCUGAAUGCUUUGGACAAACAGGAAGAAUUGACCCCUCUUGGUGUCCACUUGGCCCGAUUGCCAGUUGAGCCACACAUCGGGAAGAUGAUUCUCUUCGGAGCUCUUUUCUGUUGUUUAGACCCAGUGCUCACUAUUGCGGCUAGUCUCAGCUUCAAAGAUCCCUUCGUGAUUCCAUUGGGGAAAGAAAAGAUUGCAGAUGCUAGAAGAAAGGAACUGGCAAAGGAAACUAGAAGUGAUCACCUGACAGUUGUAAAUGCAUUUGAGGGCUGGGAAGAAGCUAGGCGGCGUGGGUUCAGAUAUGAAAAGGAUUACUGCUGGGAAUAUUUCCUCUCUUCAAACACACUGCAGAUGCUGCAUGACAUGAAAGGGCAGUUUGCUGAGCACCUGCUUGGAGCUGGGUUUGUAAGCAGCAGGAGCCCCAAAGACCCCAAAUCCAAUAUAAACUCAGAUAAUGAGAAGAUAAUCAAAGCUGUCAUCUGUGCUGGCUUAUAUCCCAAAGUUGCUAAAAUUCGACUAAAUCUGGGUAAAAAAAGAAAAAUGGUGAAAGUUCAUACCAAGUCUGAUGGUCUGGUUGCGAUUCACCCCAAAUCAGUGAACGUGGAGCAGACCGAUUUCCGCUACAACUGGCUCAUGUACCACCUCAAGAUGAGGACGAGCAGUAUCUACUUGUAUGACUGCACCGAGGUCUCCCCGUACUGCCUCUUGUUCUUCGGUGGCGACAUCUCCAUCCAGAAGGACAACGACCAGGAAACCAUUGCUGUGGACGAAUGGAUUGUGUUCCAGUCCCCAGCCAGAAUUGCCAACCUUGUGAAGGAGUUAAGGAAGGAACUGGACAUGCUGCUGCAGGAGAAGAUAGAGAACCCUCACCCUGUGGACUGGAAGGACAAGGCAUCCAGAGACUGUGCUGUGCUCUCUGCUAUUCUGGACUUAAUCAAAACCCAGGAGAAGGCGGUUCCCCGGAGCCUGCCUCCCCGCCAUCAGGACGGAUGGAGCAGCUGACAGCUUUGCAGCGCAUGGUCUCUUCCUCACACUUUAACUCAGCCCAGAGCCCUGGAACCUGCGCGUGGCCCUGGUAGGUCAGAACCUCGAGUAGGUAGUAAAGACGUAGUGUGUACGUGUCCUCCCCUCGCCCUUGUGAGUGCACAAACACAGUCUGUCAUACUCCUGGCUGGGCUUGUCCAUGGGGAGGGGGAGGGGAGGCAUCUCUGUGAGUGUUGUGCCCAAGAGGGCGUGUAUUCUCUUACAGGAAAUGAAUCUUCCACCCAUAAUGAUUAAGUGUAGAACUAGGAAAAGCAACGUGGUUAGCACAAAGCAGCAUCAAGAAUGUGAACACAACCACAUUUUUAAGAAUAAACUUCUUCUAGAAGUAAAUUUCUUGUAAUUAAAGCCCAGUAUUUAAUAAAAUAUGUAAAGCUCA